AUAUAUAUAUAUAUAUAUAUAUGGAAGUGUAAAAAAUUCAUUAUGGAAUAUUUUCUGAAAAUUUAAUAAGUAGAAACAGUACCAUGCGACCUUCUUCGGUAAUUAAAUUACUAUAGAAAAAUGAUAGGUGAUAAUAAUAAAAUAAAAUAAAAAAUAGUUAAAAGGCAAAAAAUUGUGACCGAUGAUCUGACAUGUCAUAGUCUUAUAGGAGGUACUUUCAGCCCAGCCCCUAUCGAUAUGUACCUCAUCCUUAGGUUAAGUAAAAAUAACAAAUAAAAAAAAUUUUAAAAAAAAAUAGUCUUCCAGUUGAACCAUAAUUCUCCUCUGUGCUACUCCUCUAAAUAUAUAUUAAAUUCUACAUCUACAGUUCCAAAAACUCCGUCUGAGUUUAUCUAUUUUUUUCAGAAAACAAAUUAUUUAUUUGUUUUCUUUGCUCUGUUUUACAGUUCCAGUUAAAUACUCAAAAGAUUAUAUCAGAUUACUUCAAGAUUAAGUACAAAAGAAAGGCCUCCAUACAGCCGCACCCUCUUCAUCAAUUAAGCGCAUAUUUGACCGUCAGCCUCCCAAGUUUUAAUGGCGUCAGAACCGAUACUCUAUGGAUCGAAUAUUGGAACUUCAAUGGAAGAAGAAGAAGAACAAGUAGUAGUUAAGAAACAGUGUCCACUGGGCCCUCACACCCCAGCAAAGCAAAUUCCAAACAGAACCCAGAAAACAUACUCCAGAAAUCCAGGGAAGAAGAACACUCUUCCCUCUAACACUUCUUCUUCUUCUUCUGCCUUUGAUGUUUCCACCAUUACUGGUUCACCAGAGAAAAGCAAUGAUGGAAAAGAAUCUUUUUUGCCUGAUUUAAACAUUGCUUGCCGUGAAGAGCCACCCAAUAAUUUUUCCCAGGAAACAAACAUCAAUCUUGGGUCAGAAAAAAUUACAGAGACUAUUGCUGCUGAUGCUUGUGUUGGAGAUUUGGGCAUUGCAACAGAGGAGGAGGGUAAUCGUCUUUUGCCAAGUGUUAAUUAUAAUGAGGAGAAGAAUUUUCAUGCUGCUAACCCUCUCAGUGCUAUUGGUUCAGCAUCGUCUGUGGCUUCCAAAAAAUCACAGAAUAACUUGAAAAAGAGACCAAACAAUGAUCUAGAUUUAGACAAGAAACCAAGGAAGAAGCCCAAGAAGAAGAUACACAGACCAAAAGUGGUUGGUGAAGGCAAACCCAAAAGGACUUUGGCACCCAAGACUCCAACAAAGCGUGCUCCGAAAUUGAAGAAGCCAAAAGCUGCUCCAAAAUCAGAGAAGCUAAAACGUGCUGCUAAAAAGCACCUCUCUUCGGGAAAGAGAGAGAAUAUGAAAAACCUCGAAAACUCAGAAACUAUCACAGAAGAAGUUUUCAUGGAAUUAUCUGUUUCGGAUCCAGUAGGCAGUUUAGAUGUGUCUCUUAGUGUGCCAAACCAUUUAACUGAUGAAAGCACCAGUGCAGUAGUCACUUCUCUACAAACACAAAAUAAUGGUUGUGAAAUGCCCGGGAAUAGUAUUCCUUUUUGUGAAAGAAUUGAUCUUUGCCAAGCAAUAGAGGGGCUAGUGAGGGACUGUUCCACAAACCAAUCAGAGGAGGACUACCAGAAUCAUUAUGGAGAAAAUGGUUAUCUCAGUUUUCCAAAGAAACUCCGGAAACUACGGAGUAAAAGGAGACGAAGAUCAGAAUGGAAAGUAAUAAUUAUAGAAGUGAAUAAGGCCAGCAAGAAAUCAAUGGCUGGCAGAAGAAACUAUGUGACACGUUUGUCUAGAAGAAUAGAAACCGCUUUACUUGAUAAAAUACAAUCAGUGUCUCAUCCCAAAAAGAAGAGAACGAUAAGGUGUAGGGCAAGGCACAAUCUAGCCAUCUCAAAUGCCUCAACAAUUUUAAGCCAAUUACCCAUAGCUCCCCAUGGAGAAGUACUUGCUAAUGGAAGACAUGAAAUUGAGGUUUCUCAAAUGGAUGAAGCUAACAAGGAGGUUUACCAAUUACCUAUUGCUCCCUUUGGAGAUGCACUUGCUAAUGGAACACACGAAAUUGAGGUUUCUCAAAUGGAUGAACCUAACGAGAAGGCUUUAUUUGCAGAAGAAAGGGUAACAGAGAUGCAACUUGAGGAGCAUAAGAAACUCCAACACGCUGCAAGAGGAGAUUCUGAAGAAAGGUCUAUGGAGGGAAGCACAGAGUUUAUUCCCUCCCAUCUCUACACAGAGUUUCAUAUAGGUUUAAUUAAAGAAAGUCCAUCACAGGAGGAGGAUUUUGUCUUUACUGGCAAAUCAAUAGGUGAUUACAAAAUGAAGGGCUCGAAAGAGAUGGGAUCCCCGCCUGUUUUAGAGUUUAACCCUUCCGAGCAUGAUAAAGCUUAUCUCACCGACAACUCAAUUGACAUGAAUGAUAAAAAUGAAGGAGGCUUACUUGAUCUUUUUCCGAGUGAAUAUGGAGCACCAGUUCAUUAUCAAAUACUGCAAGAUCAAAGUGUAGAUAUUCUUCAGGCUUCACAACGUAAUGGUCAAUUUGCUGAUGUUAAGAAAAAACCAAGAAAGAAAAAUGCAAAUAUUUCUCAGGCUUCAGAUGGUGCUAUUGUUCCACAUAAUGGACAAUCUGCGGUUGUUGAGCAAAAAAGAAAAAAUAAGCUAAAGUAUGAUCCUAGGUUUCAGCAAAUGUGGAAAUUUCAAUUGAAAUACCUUACCGAUGAGAGUGAAGAGAGAAAGAAAUAUUGGGAGAGUGAAAGAAAAAUAUUUAAAGGAAGGAUUGAUGCAUUUACUGCUCGCAUGCAUCAAAUCUUAGGGGACAGGAGGUUUUCACCAUGGAAAGGUUCGGUCUUGGACUCUGUGAUUGGAGUCUUUUUAACUCAAAAUGUUUCAGACUCUCUUUCUAGCAAUGCCUUCAUGUUGCUUGCUGCAAGAUUCCCAGCUCGGCCAAGAAGUCAAGAUCCGAUAAUAGAUUUUAGUCAAGAAUCAGUUGGAAGUAACACAGAAUAUCUUGAGCCAGCAUAUACUUCAGAAGAAUCUGAAACUGCAGGAGUUACCAAUCUUGCAGAUGAAGACAUGCCAACAUGUCUGGCCGAAGAUUGCAGCACAGAAGCCAAAGAUGACAUAUACCUGCAAAAUAAUAGUAAAAAAGCACUGGCAGUUUCUGAGCUUAAUGCUAACAGCAUGAUUCAGGAAAGACAGAAUGGUGAAAGUUCAAAUUCAAAAGAGCAACAACCUGAUAAAACAAAUAAAAGAAACGGAAAAAAGGUCUAUGAGAAAGAGAAAGUUAAAACUGAUUGGGAUGCAUUCAGAAAAAUGUACUGUACUAGUGAACAAAGAAGGCCUGAGCACAUGGAUUCUGUGGAUUGGGAAGCAGUCAGGAAUGCAGAAGCGCAAGUGAUUGCCAAAGUCAUCGAAGCACGUGGCCAAAAUAAUGUUCUUGCUGGACGAAUCAAGAGGUUUCUUGACCAAGUGGUUGAACUGCACAACUGCCUUGAUCUUGAAUGGUUAAGACAUGCACCUCCGGAUAAAGUGAAGGAAUACCUUUUGCAAUUCCAAGGUCUUGGUUUGAAAAGUGUGGAGUGUGUACGGCUUUUGGAACUUCAGAAUGUAGCCUUCCCGGUUGACACUAAUGUUGGUCGGAUAGCAGUUCGUCUCGGAUGGGUUCCUCUCCAGCCAUUGCCUGAAAAAGUCCAGAUACAUCUUUUGCAACAGAUGCCACUAAUGGAUUCCAUUCAAAAGUAUCUUUGGCCACGGCUAAAUGAAUUUGACCAUAAGACCCUGUAUGAACUGCAUUAUCAUUUGAUAACCUUUGGAAAGGUUUUUUGCCAAAAAACAAAACCGAGUUGCAAUCCUUGUCCAAUGAAAGCAGAAUGCAGACACUAUGCUAGUGAAUUUGCAAGUGCAAGAGGUGCCUUACCUGGGCCACCAACAAAUACAAGUAAGGCAAGUUCAAAAGCUCCAAUUGUGGCUCUUGGUCACCCUGGGCCCUCUUUGGAUCCAAUAUUACCAUUCCUUCUUGAGGCCAACUGGUUUUCAGCAUCACAACAUCAAGAGCAGAAUGUUGAAACCAUCAUCGAAGUGCAACCAUCACCAGAGCCAGCAGCAUCACAACAUCAAAAACAGAAUGCUGAACCCAUCAUUGAAGUGCCACCAUCACCAGAGCCAGCAUCUUGUGAGUCUGAGUUUCCACAUCUAGGUGACAUUGAAGAUUUUGGUCUUGAUGGUCCUGAUGAUAUGCCUACCAUCAAUCUCAGCACUCAAGAGUCCACAGGAACUAUGAAUUCAUUAAGUGUGAUGCUUCAUGAUGAUUAUGUAUUGUCAAGAGAUUUAGUUCCUUUGUCAGCAGAAGCUGCUUCCAAGCAUGUCUCCGAACUGAAGCAUGCCAGCCGCUUAAGGACAAAGCAUGAAGUCUAUGAACUUCCAGAUUAUCAUCCUCUGUUAAAUGGGUUUGAGAGAAGAGAUGCUCAUGAUCCAUAUCCAUACCUUCUUGCCAUACGUGCACCAGGCGAAUCUUCAACAUCGUCUCAACCAUCUCAGACUCCUGGGGAACCCUGCAGUAGCAGUUCUACAGAACAAAACCAUCAUACGGUUGAUGGAUCAAUUUUGAUACCCUGUAGAACAGCAAUGAGAGGGUCAUUUCCACUAAAUGGAACAUACUUCCAAGUUAAUGAGGUAUUUCUUGACCUAAAAACCAGUUCAGAACCAAUUAAAGUACCCAGAGGAUGGAUAUGGAACCUACCAAGGAGAACUGCUUACUUUGGUACCUCAGCAGGCUCAAUUUUAAGGGGUCUAUCAACUGAGGAAAUUCAGCAUUGUUUUUGGGCAGGUUUUAUUUGUGUGAGAUCAUUCGACCGAGAAGGACGUCAUCCUGUACCUCUCGCAAAGGAAUUUCAUAUUCCUACAAGUCAGCAGUCCGGGAAAGCCAAGAUAAACGAAGACGAUGAUGAGUAGGAUAUGAUACAAUUAUACUCCAAAAAUAAUAAUAAUAAUAAUAAUAAUAAUAUGUGCAGUUAGUUUUUUAAUACAAUUUAUGUCCUAUUCUUUCAUCAAAUGCUAUCGAUUAUUUUCAACUCUAAUUUUUACUUUUAUCGCCAAUAAAAAAAAUAAAAUAAAAAACU